CUCAAAAUAGCGAAGAACAAGAAAAAAAGGGGAGGGAAAAGAGAAAGAUAGUUGAGAGAUGGAGUGUGUAUUCGGACUUGUUGGGAACGGAUUCGCACUGGUGGUGGCCGAUUCAUCUGCAGUACACAGCAUAUUGGUUCAUAAAUCGAACGAAGACAAGAUUAUGGUUCUUGAUUCUCACAAGCUUUUGGGCGCUAGCGGUGAGAGCGGUGACAGAGUUCAAUUCACGGAAUAUAUACAGAAGAAUGUAGCUUUGUAUCAGUUCCGUAAUGGGAUCCCUUUGACAACAGCAGCCGCUGCUAAUUUCACGCGAAAUGAGCUCGCCACCGCUUUGAGAAAGAAUCCAUACUCUGUAAACAUUCUUUUGGCUGGCUAUGACAAGGAAACUGGCCCAUCACUAUACUACGUCGACUACAUAGCGACCCUUCACAAGAUCGAGAAAGGGGCAUUUGGUUAUGGAUCUUAUUUCUCUUUGUCCAUGAUGGACAGACACUACCACAGUGGGAUGACAGUGGAAGAAGCAAUCGAUUUGGUUGACAAAUGCAUACUUGAGAUCAGGUCCCGGUUGGUUGUGGCACCACCAAAUUUCGUGAUCAAGAUAGUUGACAAGGAUGGAGCAAGGGAGUUUGCCUGGCGUGAAUCCAUUAUAGAUGUUACUGUUUCUUCAGCUUGAGCUUGUUUUGAUUGUUCGACUUGGACCAUCCAUCCUGUCUUAUUGUUCUUCCAAAAUUUGGUAUUCUUAUGGAAUAUAACUUGUUUCACUUGCUUGACUGUUCAAAGCUGUUGAAAUGUCAUGUAUACAUGCUUUACAAUGGUUGUAGUCUUCGAGGAGUUGCAGAUUUGCCGUAAAGGGUUGAUGGGAAAGUGCAUUGGUGGAGUGGCAAUGGUUUGCUUACUUUGGAAUUCUGAUUUAAUUUUGGAC